AAUGUUUAAAUCAACCGAUUGAUCCAAUGAUCAGAGUUAAAAUGAAAGAUGAAAUUAAAUUGUCCAAACACCGAUUUUUAGUCUUGAUACUUUAUUGUUUGACAAAUUUACACAUAAAUUCACAAUGGACACAAUUCCAAGUGAUCGCGGACAUUUUCAGGCCUUAUUUUGGUGUUACAAACACGGACAUCGACUGGACAGUGACCAUUUGGUGUCCGAUUUACCUGGUAAUGUGUUUCGUCUCAGCUUAUUGUUUGGAUAAGUUUGGCCUCCGUUCUUGUCUUCUAAUGGCUUCGGGAUUCAACCUGUUUGGAUCGGCAAUUAAAUAUUAUUCAAUAAUCUAUCCUGAUUUUUUGGUCGCCUGUUUAGGUCAAUCGCUCGUGGCUACUGGUCAAGUGUUUAAUUUUUUUCUCCCGUCGAGUAUUGCAUUGACCUGGUUCCCUGCUGAAGUGGCCUCGACCAUAACGGCAAUCGCUCUUUUUCCGAUGUUCUUUGGUAAUGGAUUAGGUUAUUAUCUUCCAUCUCUCGCUGUUCCCGAUGGAUCUUCGCCAAGUGUCCAAAAAAUGGACCUCGAACGUUUCUUUUUAUACUACACAUUAAGUGCAAGUUUAUUAUACUUUUUGAAUUUAUUUCUUCUAAAGAAUCGGCCUAAGUAUCCGUCAAGUCUUGCCUCAGCCAAAGCAUUAGCUGAGAACACGGAAUUCAUUGAAUCAUGGAAAGUGAUUCUUACCAAUCGACUCUCUAAUUUUAUAUUAAUCACUUUUACUUUUCUUCAAACACUGGCCAAUGUUGUCCUUGGACUAUUAAGUCCAAUGAUUAGUAAAUAUUUUCCUAAUCAAAACAUCCUGAUUGGUAUAAUCGGUGCGAUCGCUUCUCUUUCAAGUGUAUUCGGUUCGCUAAUAUUGGCCUGGGUAACCGAUAAAACGAGAAAGUAUAAAUUGGUAACUUUGAUUAGCUCCAUUCUUAUGGUUCCAUUAUUUGGGCUAUUAAUUUAUUCCCUAGAAAUGGGAAGCAAAUUAUUUGUCACAAUUGUAAUCGCUCUAUUGUGCUUCUUGGUGGCGGGAACUUACCCAAUAGGAAUGGACUUCAUUGUCCAGGCCAAUUAUCCAAUGUCCGAAUCAGUUUGUGUCACUCUAAUGAUGUUUUCUAAUCAAUUGAUCAGUUGGCCAGCGACAGUUUUAGUUUCGUAUCUCUUACAAUACUACAAUUUGUAUUAUGCUUUCUCUCCGUUUCUAUUAAUGCUUCUAAUUGCUUUGAUUACUGUUCUUUUCACCAAAGAUCAACUUAAUCGAGAUAAAGCAAAUUCCGAUACAGAAAAUCUUAUAAAAGUAACAGAUUAGAAUCAGAAUCUAGUCAAUUGGUCUGUCACGAGUUCUUAUUUACAGAUUUUGACAGAGGAUAAAAAUUUCGGUUCACGCAUCAAGUAUUGGAAGCUCAGUGAUAAUGAUAGUGAUAGAUCUUCGACAUGAUGGUGACAGAAAAGGAAUUCUGAUGAUCAAUUGAAGACGAUUAUCAGCCUUCAAUCAUUUGAUUACAUCAAAUAUGAACUGAUUCUGUCGGUGGUUCCCUCGGUUUCUCAGUUUUUCAAGGGCAAAACUCGAAUAACGCCUCAAAUCCUGUUAAAAUGUUGGAUCGAAACUCGAUUAGCUUGAUGACGAAAAUUGAUAAUAAUUGAUCAAUACAAUAGAUUUAAAAAAUGAUUAAACCGAAUGUGUUUCUGUACUUAUCUAAUCAAGAGCUAUUGUUUGUGAGAGUUUUAAAACUUUUAUUCUGAGACCGAUUGAAUAUACAAUUGUAAUUAAAAAUGAUUAAAUCAGAUACUAAUUAGCAUUCAUUGAUUAAGUUUUAAGAAAUUCUUGCUACAUUUAUUAACAAUUUCAACGUUUAAUGUAAAUCUCUUCAAGUUUAGUUCUUCAACUCAUAUUAGUGGUCAGUUUUUAUAGAAAUUAUCGAGAGAGAGAGAGAGAGAAGAAAAAGAGGAAAAGAAGAUAAUUGCUUAAGGAACGGAAAAGGAAAGUGGGUUAAUGCCUGAGAAAAGAGAAUGGUCAGUUCUUUGUGACCAUUCAAACAAGUGGUUCUUUUAUUGUGACAGUUUUCAUCUUUUAAAUUGAAUAAAUUGUGAAUCAAAAAUGGAUAACAAUACAAUUUGUGCUCUUCUAAUCAACGCUACUCUUUGCUUGAUGAUUCUUCUUUCUUAUUCAUUCGCUGAUAAUUUCGAGCUAAAUACCUCGUUGCAAGUGUAUGGUACUAAUGAAACUAUGCAUCAAGUACUCGAUGUGAGUGUAAAAACUCAUAAAAAGUCGAUAAAUAAAAUCGUGAAACAUAAGUACCAUCGAUUAGCAGAUAGUUACAAUUGGACUUUCGAUCGCAGUGAUACGUUGCUCUCUGAUGAGACUUUGACUGAAAUAUCCUCAUGGGAGAUUCUUACUGGUUCAGUUUCUACUGAUAUUGAUAGACAUCAUCAACUGAUAUUUGCUUCACUUUAUCCUGAACAUUUAUCAAAAAUUGGGCUACCUGAUGAACUUAAAAAAAUGAACACUAUUGACGAUAAUUAUCGACUUCACUUUGGAGAGAAUGAUGAAGUUUUUGGCUCCGCAAGCACAACUUUACAUGAUCACAUCGAAUUAUAUGAAAAUUCAAAAAUAUCAACUCAGUCGAUUGUAUUUGAAUUUAUUGGACGUCAACAAACUGUUGAUUAUGUUAACAGCGAUUUCACUCGACUUUGGUUUCGGACAAAAUCUGAAGCAUUUAUUUCAGAAAAUCAUUUGGUUCUCAUUUCAUGGAACGAGUUGGAUAUUGAUAAACGGAAUAAUUUUCAACGUUUAAGACUUCGAGAUACUUUAGGAAGAGAAACAUCAGUAACACAUGAAUAUCAUCGAUGUACAGAAGUUUACCAAUCACCGAGGUUGGUGUUUUUGCAGCCGAUCGAUAGUUCGAGAGGAACCACCGACUAUUCUGAUCUCUUAGAAUGUGCAAAUUCAUUCUCAAUUUUGAUGAACAUCAUUAUCGCGACACUUUUACUCGAAAUUACAAGAAAUGGACUCAAUGGACAAUAUAAAUUCAACCAAUGAUUAAAUAAUCACUAAUCUUUACAAUUAUUGAUAAAAAUUCAAUUGUGUUUAAUUGUAUAAAUUUGAUUAUUUUCGAUUAAAUUAAUUUAACUUCG